CUCAAGCGAAAAAAGCCGUAAACUUAUUUUCGCAAAUGUUCCACCUUCCAAAAAAUUUCAUCAUUGCUAAUGCUAGUGUAACAAGUGUGCGCGUGUGAUUGUGUGUGCUUGUAAGUGUCGGUGUGCGAUUAAAAUAAUAAUUUGCUGAAAUGACCUCAGGGCAGCGUAGGCGCCGCUGUUGAGUGCAAUCAGUCCGUACGUGAGGCGCCUAGAUGCAUUUGGAUUUGGAUUGGAAAUUGGCAUCGUCAGCUGAAUCAGAAUGAGAACAGUCGAUUGGGGAGCAGAGGGCAUCAUACGAGUCACGCGUAUCUUCUAAUCAAACAAGAUAUUUCCAACACUUUUAUCGACAUUCGGGAGUUGAGCAACACUGUCAAUAGUCCUGCCAGUUAAGGAGCACCUGCCUGCAAUGAGUAGAAACCAGUUUAGACGCAACGCACCCUCGGAGCGGUCGUUGGCCAUGGACGAUGUGGACAGCGAUGAAGCCGGUUACCCUGGCAACGAUGCCCAAAGCAAAGCGUCGAGCAAAACAAGGCGAAGGAAAUCAACAAAAAAGAAGCUCGAGCGUCCAUAAAUCUGAUGAGAUGGAUGAUAACUUCACUGCCAGCUACUUUAGCUUAUGCGUCACAGGCCAAAUAGUAUCAGCCACAUUUCCACUGGGUCCCGACAAGGAAUUCAUCUUCUGCCGCUACGAAUUAGUUGCCGGACCGGACUGGCAGCUUGCCUCUGGAGCGCAGCACGGUCUGACACAGAUGUCGACCAACAAGAGCGGCCACUUCAAUGAUAAAAUUGUCUUCAACAUGCCCAUUGAGGUCACAUACAAGAGCACCAGUCCCUUUGGCUGGCCACAGAUCUUGAUCAGCGUCUUUGGACAGAACGGCAGCAGUGCUGAGACUUUGCUGGGCUAUGCUCACGCACAUCUUCCGGUCUUCGGUAGCCAACGAGGGAGCGAUCAAUCCUCCGUUCUCAAUGAAGUUCCCAUUCUUAUGCCCAGGUGCCAAAGCAUGUUGGCCGACGUGACCAGUUGGCUGCUGCGUCGCCAGCCGGAGCUAAAAGAUCCCAAAGUGCUGUUGGACAAUCUGGCGAGCAAGGGUCUCUGCAUGGAGUCCUAUGGCACGUUGGAGCUGCAGCUGCACACGAUAAUGCGAGGAGCGCGUAAGCUGGGCUACCAUUGGCAUGCGUAAGUGCUGUCGGAGAUCUGUGAAUAAAACGUGCAAAUGAGACUCGGUUUGCAGUGAUGCAAACAAGCGUUUGUUCUAAUCUAAUUGGUCGAGGUGGUUGUUGGGGUGUUGUUGGGUCAGGGAAAGAACUCUGCUGCAGGGUGGUUGCCUCAAACUUGACCAUGACCGGCGUUGACUGCCUCGACUUGGCUGGGCUGGUCGAGCGUGACGCUUAC